AUGGCGGACUUCCCUACGCUGAAGCCGGCAUUCACCAUGCAGGUCAGUAUUGACCCAGGUGUGAACGUUGGAAGCACUGCGAAGAACUGCAGCUUCGUCGUCGUGCCCAUGACCAGCGGCACCGUCAAGAGCGAGCCUGGCUUCUCACCAGCCUUCAACGGCGAGUUCACCGGCACUGGCAAUGAUUAUAUCCGCACCGAUCCGGAUGGCAAGCGUCUGAGACUCGACGCGCAUGCGGUAGUGAAGACCGAGACAGGAGCCCAUGUGUACAUUCACUACACUGGGGUCGUCGACCUGACUCCUGAUAUCAGCGCCAUCUUGUCGGGCCAGUCGGAGUCAAAAACGAUACCGUUCGGAGAUAUAUUCAUCACUGUCAAGCUCGAGAGCGGAGACUCCGAUCAUGCGGCUCUAGAGAACGGCAUCUUUGUGGCUGCUGGCCGCUUCAUCUAUGAGAAGGGCAAGCAGCCUACAGUUGACUACAAGGUCAGCCAGGUCUGCAAGGCGUAG